UCUUCUUAAAAAGUAGAUAGAUAGACUGGAUGUAACAUGUGACCGUGAGAAGACACUUAACAAGUUGCAUUUACAUAAGUUCAAUCUCUCAAUGUGUGAAGAACAAUCAUGGAGUUCUUCUGUUUUCUGCUUUUCUCUGCUCAUCUUCUGCUAGCAUCUUCCCUUGUUCAAUUUCAAGAUAACGGCUUGAACCCAAAACAAGCUAGCAUUCACCUUGAAUUACGCCAUGUUCAGGCUCAGCUCAACCAUUCAGCAACAUCAAGUUUGCCAUUUUUUCCACCCAAAAUGCUUGAAAAGGACGAGGAGCGAGUCGAGGCCAUUCGAUCAAGAUUGGCCGACAAGAACUUGAGAAACAUCAAACCAGAACUCGUGAGCACGCCAUUGAAAUCAGGAUUGUCAAUAGGGUCAGGCAAUUACUACGUAAAAUUAGGAAUUGGGACACCUCCUCAGUACUUUAGCAUUAUCGUGGACACAGGAAGCUCUCUCUCAUGGAUUCAAUGUCAACCUUGUAAAGCUUAUUGCCAUCCCCAAGUUGACCCUUUAUUCAAUUCUUCCAGAUCCAAAACCUACAAGAAAUUUCCAUGCUCUUCCUCUACAUGUUCCUCUCUCAAGGAGUCCACCCUCAAUGAUCCUGCUUGUGAGAUUGGAUCUGGUGCUUGUGUGUACAGGGCAGCAUAUGGUGAUUCGUCAUUCUCAGUUGGUUAUUUGAGCCAAGAUGUGUUGAGCCUAAGCCCAUCAGAAACACUACCAGGUUUUGUGUAUGGUUGUGGACAGAACAAUCAAGGUUUGUUUGGAAGGAGUUCUGGUAUUAUGGGGCUAGGCCAGGAUAAGCUCUCUGCACUAGCACAGUUGUCCACUAAAUAUGGUUAUGCCUUCUCAUAUUGCCUUCCCACUUCUUUCUCUGCCACUAAACCUUCCAAAGGAGGCUACUUAUCCAUUGGAUCCUCAUCACUGGCAAAAUCACCAUUCAAGUUCACUCCAAUGAUCAAGAAUCCAAAAAUUUCAAGCCUGUACUUGCUUGACUUAACUGCCAUCACGGUGGCUGGGAAGCCACUUGGCAUCGCCGCCUCGAGUUACAAGGUUCCAACCAUCAUAGACUCCGGCACAGUCAUCACAAGGCUGCCUAUGUCAGUGUAUACAGCUUUAAAAGAAGCCUUUGUGAAGAUCAUGUCACAAAAAUAUAAACCUACUGAGGGAAUAUCCAUUCUGGAUACUUGCUUUAAGGGAAGUGCCAAAGAGAUAGUGAAUGUGCCUGAGAUUCAGAUGAUAUUUCAAGGUGGGGCUGCCCUACCACUUAAGGGACACAAUACCCUGAUAGAGCUUGAUGAGAAAACUACUUGUUUGGCCAUUGCAGGUAGCUCUGGGACCAGUCCUGUUGCCAUUAUUGGUAAUUAUCAGCAACAGACAUUUGAUGUUGCCUAUGAUAUAUCCAAUUCUAAGAUUGGAUUUGCUCCUGCUGGCUGUGAAUGAUAAGAAUAUUACUUACCCUUUGUUUGUAUGGAGAGAAAAAUAAUAAAGAACGAAAACUGAGAGAAAACUCCUAAAAAUAGUAAAGAAAUUUACUGUUCUUAGAAAUUUCUCCUUCUAAUUUUCUUCCCACUUUUCUCUCCAUUGAAACCAAGCUUUAGGUUACAGCGUUUGGAUUCUCUGCAAGGUGCUAUGCAGAGCCUACAUGGCAGAAAAUCAAAUCUCAGUGUAAAUCAUUGAUGCGGUGCAGUGUAAAUCAUGCAAUCUUUCAGAUUUGUGGUGGCUGCUAGAUGCUACGGUGUACGCUCAGAGAAACCGAACGUUAUAUAUUGUCUCUCAAGAAAGGGAUCAAAUAAGAAUUUUGAAGUUUAUGUUUCGUAUUGUGAUCAGAUCUGAAAAGACAUUCUCUCUUUAAUGAAUUUCUGUAAAUUUGUUAUACUAUUUUAAAGUUCAUGUUUGAUAUUGUGAUCA